AUACGAAUUUACCAAGUUCGAUAGAAAGUGUAGUGUCAUUCGCAGUCGUUGUAGUUGGUCCUAAUUUCUUUUGAAAGUUCAAUUUUUGUUUCUUACAAAAUAUGGCUCUCUAUUCUCAGAGUAAAAUAUCACGAGGUUUACCUGAUUAUGAAAGAGAAGGAAUUAAGCAAGUCCAUUUCAGUCCUUAUGCUGAUAAUGGAGGGAGUGUGAUUGCUCUUGCUGGUGAUGAUUUUUGCAUAAUUGCUGCAGAUAAUCGACUUAGUACAGGGUAUUCUAUUUGUACUCGAGAACAAGAAAAAUUGUUUCCUCUGUCAAAUACUACUGUUUUAGGUUGUUCUGGUUGUUGGUGUGAUACAUUAAGUUUGACUCGAUUAUUAUCUGCUCGCAUGCAGAUGUAUGAGCAUGAACAUCAGAAAAAGAUGUCAACACCAGCUGUAGCACAAAUGCUCUCAGCUAUGCUGUAUUAUAAAAGAUUUUUUCCCUAUUAUGUCAGUAACGUACUUGCUGGAUUAGAUGAGAAUGGAAAAGGAUGUGUCUAUAGUUAUGAUCCAAUAGGACACUGUGAAAGAUCUACAUAUAGAGCCGGUGGAUCUGCUGGUGCACUUUUACAGCCUCUUCUUGAUAAUCAGAUUGGAUAUAAAAAUCAAGAAGGUAUUGAACCUGAAUUACUUACACAAGAAAAGGCUUUAUUAGUACUGAAAGAUGUUUUCAUAUCUGCUGCGGAAAGAGAUAUUUAUACUGGCGAUGGGAUAAGCAUAAAAAUUAUUACCAAAGACGGUAUAAAAAGUAGCAGUUUCCCAUUGAGAAAGGAUUAAAAUAUUGAAUAUAAUAUAUGAAAUUAUUAUGGUGAUAUAUGAAUAAAGUCUUUGCUUUCAUACAUAUCUUUGAGUUUCACAUAUAAUCAUAAUUACAGAUAUUUAUAUGCAAAUAUUAUAUAAAAAUAAAAUAUCAAUGUUUUUUAUACUAAAAUAUAUACACACACAAAAUAGUUAACGAUCAACUAUUUCUAUCUAUAUAUUAUGGUUUUAUGCUCGUAGAAUGAUCACUAUUUGGUAUUCUAUCAUAAAUUAAUAAUUUUAUUUCAUCAUUGAUUUAUAAUUCAACUCACAGUAUGCAUUAGUAAUUUAUAAUCAGAAUAGAUUCAAUAAAUGUUCAUAUAAAGGUAAUUGAAUAAACUUUAUUGAAUUUAUAAUUAUGAUAUUCUAAUAUGUAUUCAUAAGUAUCACUUGUUUUAUUUUACAGAAAAAGAAACUGUAGCACGUAAUAUCAAAAUAACCAAAGGAAAGAAAGGUAGGUAAUUCAAUUACUUUGUUUCUACCAUCUUUCUUACAGUUUUUGCUGGAGCAAUAUAUAAGGAUAGAAAGUAAAGAUUCCAACUCCCCCGAGAUUCACUUCUUCGUCCCGGGGGCUAUUAAUGGUUUCCCACGAUCCUUUCCCCUCAAUUUUAUGCCAAGUACUCGCUCAAUUUUACCAAUAACCAUUUGAUUGGGGAUUCCACGGCCUGCUUCGUAAUCAUUUAUUACUUGUGCCUUUUCAUUCACUUUCUGUAAAACAAGAAAACAUAUUUGAUUAAUAACAUUAAGUAUAACUAUAAACGUAAUAUAACAAUUACUUUUCAAGUUAUAAUCACAAGACACCAAAUAUUACCAUUCAGAAGUAAUUAGCUAAUUUAUUGUUAUCUAACAAUUAGCUAAUUAAAUCAACGCACCUUAAAAUGAUGACUUACUUCAAUAGUUUUUCAUCAUUUUAUACUACUUAAAAUUUCUUGUGUUUAUAAUUGCUUUGCAUUUUUUUUUUUUUUUAUGAUGCACACAGAUCAAUCUUUAAUAAAAGUUUUACAAUACA